CGCACCCAUAUCCCACACCUUUGUGAAAUCUUGUCUUCGUAAUGGAGAAUGUCGUCGUGUUGAUUGUUGGCGCUGGUCCAGCAGGCCUCGCAACAGCAGCGUGCCUAACCCAAUUCUCCAUUCCUUACGUCAUCGUCGAGCGUGAGGACUGCAGCGCGUCACUUUGGCGCAACCGCGCAUACGACCGCUUGAAGCUGCAUCUCGCAAAGGAGUUCUGUGAGUUACCACACAUGUCAUAUCCACCAGAUGCACCAACAUACAUACCAAAAUCCCUGUUUCUGAAGUACUUGGAUGAAUAUAUGAAGCGUUUCAAUAUUCAACCAAAGUAUCUCACUAGCGUGGAGUCAUCCAAAUACGACGACGAUAAGAAGUAUUGGUCCAUUGUGGCUCGUGACAUGGUGGAGGGCACAACAAUAAAUUUUAUUGCAAAGUUCCUUGUUGUGGCGAGUGGUGAGAAUAGUGCAGAGAAUAUUCCUGAGAUCCCUGAACUUCACAGUUUUCCGGGUGAGGCCAUCCACUCGUCAAGAUACAAGUCAGGCAAGAACUUCUCAGGUAAGAGCGUGUUGGUCAUUGGAUCUGGAAACUCUGGGAUGGAAAUCGCUUACGACCUUGCGACACAUGGUGCCAAUACUUCGAUUGUUAUACGAAGUCCGAUUCAUGUAAUGACAAAGGAACUAAUCCGGUUGGGGAUGACACUAGCCCAGCAUCUUCCCCUGAAUCUAGUGGAUAGCCUCCUUGUUAUGGCGACAAAAUACAUAUUUGGGGACCUAUCAAGGCAUGGCAUCAGAAUGCCAAAAAUGGGUCCAAUGACCCUCAAGUCAAAAACUGGCCGAUCUGCUGUGAUUGAUGUUGGCACUAUCGGGUUAAUAAAAAGAGGCAUCAUCCAAGUUGAAGGAAGCAUUAUUAAGAUCAUGGGCAACAUAGUAAAAUUUCAAUCUGGGAAUGAACUCCCAUUUGAUGCAAUUGUGUUUGCAACUGGGUACAAGAGCACAGCAAAUAUGUGGCUCAAGAAUGGUGAGAGCAUGUUAAAUGACAAUGGACUACCAACCAAAGAAUAUCCAAAUCACUGGAAAGGUGAAAAUAGACUCUACUGUGCUGGGUUGGCAAGGAGAGGAUUGGCUGGUAUUGCUGCAGAUGCUAAGAAUAUCGCUGAUGACAUUAAAUCUGUUAUACGCUCUAUGUGCGGCUAA